AUGCCGGGCGGGCUGGCGCUCCGGGCAUGGGGACCCCGCGGGCACUGUGGCCACUCGUCUGGGCCGUGCUGCAGCUGGGCUGGCAGCCAGGAUGGCUCCUAGAUGCCCCCAGCAGGCCCUGGAGCCCCCUCACCUUCUCCCCGGCCCGGCUCACUGUGCCCGAGGGGGCGAACGCCACCUUCACCUGCAGCUUCUCCAGCAAGCCCGAGCACUUCGUCCUCAACUGGUACCGCAUGAGCCCCAGCAACCAGACAGACAAGCUGGCCGCCUUCCCCGAGGACCGCAGCCAGCCUGGCCGGGACCGGCGCUUCCACGUCACGCCGCUGCCCGGCGGGCGACACUUCCACAUGAGCAUCAUGGCCGCCCAGCGCAAUGACAGCGGCGUCUACUUCUGUGGGGCCAUCUACCUGCCCCCCAAGACGCAGAUCAACGAGAGCCGGCCUGCGGAGCUCACAGUGACAGAGGGAGUCCUGGAGCUGCCCACAGAGCGCCCCAGCCCCCCACCCAGGACCGAAGGCCAGUUACAGGGCCUGGUCGCCCGUGUCACAAGCGUCCUGCUGGGAGCUCUGCUGCUGGUGCUGCUGACCUGGGUCCUGGCAGCCGUCUUCCUCUGGGCCACUCGGGGUACCCUCGGAGACCGACGACCCGUCCCUUCUUCUCUCCCCAAGAAGGAGGGCUCCUCCACCGGGCCUGCGUGCACCGUGGACUACGGGGAGCUAGACUUCCAGUGGCGAGAGAAGACCCCGGAGCCCCCGGCCCCCUGUGUCCCGGAGCAGACCGAGUACGCCACCAUCGUCUUCCCGGGCAGGCCGGGCUCCCCAAGCCGCAGGGCUUCCGCAGACAGCCCGCAGGGGCCCCGGCCACUGAGGACUGAGGACGGACACUGCUCCUGGCCCCUCUGACCGGCUUCCUCGGCUGGCCCGAGUCCUUCAGACCCUCCGCCAAGAGCCAGGGGGGCACCUUCCCUGGAAGAGCACAGAGUGGUAGGGCAGCCCAGGAGGUGAGCCUGUCCAAGGGUGACCACGCCCACCCCUGCCAGCACCUGCCAGCCCUGCCCGGCUCCGUGGGCGGGGGAAGGAGCCUCACCCCGGACUCCAGACCCAGUCUCAGGCUGAGCUGGCCAGAGCCUCCCUCCUACACACGCCAGCUGCCUCCCAGGAGGGCCUGGUGCCUGGACAUAGGGGCCCGCGGGUCCUGGUUGGAGACUCCGCCUUGGAGCAGGCCUGGUAGGUCCAGCACGGAUCCCUCGUGGGGCGCACGGGGAAAUGCACAAGGUCAGGGCUCCCCUGGGGCCUCGUGUUCCCCCAGGCCUGGAAGAGAGCUCCUGGCGGCGGUGGGGCCCCUCCACCCUCACGCGUGCCCAGGCCCGUCAUGCAGCCCAGGAAACAGGCAAUGAAGGGAGCUGGCGGAGCUGGAGUCACGCCGCCGAGGCCAUCCUGGGGGCCCUGGUGUCCCCCGUGUAUCCCCACUUCUCCUUGGCGCCCAUUCACAGUGCUACUUAAAGGGGCCUCCGCCGGGCCCCCUCCAGGGCACUGGGGCAGGUGCGGGGCCCCCUCGGCAGGGACCCCUCCGACGGAGCCGCCACUCCCUGUGGCCUGCACACAACGUCCGGGGCAGCUGGGUGUGGGGGACUCUGAGGCACGUGUCCCUUCUAGGGGUUCACGCACACUUCCUUGCUC